GUAGUAUCUGGGCACCCUGCCUAUGUAUAAGACAGUAAGCGAGUACCCUUCGCAUUCGUCGGACAAGCACUUGUCCUGAUAACAAGUAGGACACGGGUAUUCUGAAUCGCUAGGCACUGGAAAAACAUGGCGAUGCUUUCUUUGUGCCUGUUGCUGAGUCUGUGUUUCGGGACAGCUUUCAGCGUUUCCUGCUGCUCGAGCGUGUGUGAGUGUGAGUCCCACGUGAUAUCUUGUGAAUCCAAAUCUCUAGUCGACAUUCCGAUUUGUACACCCGCUGAAGUAAUCGGACUCACGGAAAUGCGACUUGCGAAGAACAUGAUACCAUCAAGCAUGACAUUUAGUCGAAUCCCUGACUCUAUCAAGAUCCUAGAUCUUUCCCGUAACAGAAUCGACACCCUAAAUAUUGAUAAAAUCAGAUAUAGCAUUGAAUCGUUGGACCUGAGCGGUAAUCAGUUGGUGACCGUUCCCACGUUGACCAAGCUACCCUCUCUACACAAUCUUGUCCUGACGUCAAACCCAAUCCCCUCCGAUGAUCAUGGAUAUCCCGAGGCCAUCUUCCGACAGCUUGGAACCAAUCUCACAUCACUUCACAUCGGACAUCCGCAGACUUUCCAGGCUUUCCCUCGCACGAUCAGCACCCAUCUUCCUAAACUUGCGACGCUUGAGAUCAACGGCGCUCAUCCUAGAUUCGGCAAUCUGCCGCCAACGGCAUUCACAGCUUUCGAGUUGGUUCUUCAACAUCUUUACAUUCGGAACACACACCUUUACGCGGUCCCUCUAACAUUAAGAAGACUUCGGAACUUGCGGGAACUUUACUUCGAGGGGAACCCCAUUCAGGACUAUGGGCUGCUACCGGAAGCGUUUAGUGGCCUCAACAGCCUGGAACUGCUGUCGUUGAAAAACGAUAGCCUGACAACAUUCCCUGCUAUUGUCGACAAUCUCAGCGAAAAUUUAAAAACACUUAUACUUGACAAUAAUAGACUACUAUUCAUACGCGAAAACGCUCUAAACAUGGUGAACAUGAGCAACAUUAAAAAUUUGUACCUCCGCGGAUGUCAGCUGGACAGAAUCCCCGGAGCUAUGGCCGAUGAUAGUGGAACCUACCUUCAGGAACUUAAAGUUCUUGAUUUGUCCGACAACAAUAUUCAAAGCAUCGACCGAAAUGACCUUCACGAUUUGAAACAACUUACAAAUAUCUCGUUUAGUGGGAAUCCGCUUGCUUAUGUUUCGACAUUAGCGUUCAAAAAUCUCCCAAAUUUGGCUUAUAUUGAUUUCAGCACUACAAGCCUCAAAGUAAUUCCCAUGGCGGUGACCAAUAUACAGAGAGCGGAACUUGAUAUUGACUUAACAAACACAGAUGUCGAAUGUGUUUGUGAGCUAGCCUGUUUCGAGAAGUAUUACCAGCAGUUUCGAGUUCACGUACAUGGCGAUUGCGAAACUGUCAGUGUCAAACUGACACGUUACCUCCAGGAAACUAUUCCGCGCUGCCCGAACUACGGUUCUACCACCUUCCCAAAUUGUACAAAUUCUCUUUAAACGCAAAACAAAGAGAGAGACUGACAUAUAGAGGAAGGGCUUUUAAAUUACCACAUAUGAUUAUACGAAUGAUGUUUCCAGAGGACAAGACUGAUUGCCAUAGCAUAAAUUUUGGUCGGCUGUAAUUCAAACUCUAUUGUGAUAUGAGUAGGAAUUCAGUGUAGUCUGCAUUAGCUUAUUUCAAAAUAGAAUUACCAUUUUGAAGGAAAACAUACACGUAUUCGCAUGUAUAAAUGAAUAAUCUGAAAAAUGAUAAAAUUUAAAUAUAUCUGUAUUGUACUUUAGUGGUUUUAAAGUAGCUUUAACAGUGCCUAAAUAAAUUGCUCAAUUCUUCAAUUGACACCCCGUGUUUGUUCUUGCGUUUACCAUGAGAUAUACAGUCGGAACACAAUUGUAAUCAGGGAUGCCAAAGGUAUUGAAAUAGGUUAGGAUAAGUUUAGCUUGAGAAUUAAGUUACAUUUUCGAGAAAUAACGCAAACAUUUCGCAUAAUAAUAUUGCGAAUCUUAUAUUAAUAACUAAAUCGUUAUAUAUCAUGUUUGAUGUAAAGGGUAUCCCAUUAACAACUCUCAGUACACUUUCGAAGAGAAGUGAAAUAA